AAGGGAGGUAGUGUCGCAUCUUCUUCCGCCUUCCGUCACUCGUUCCCUAGUCUUCCCUAUGGUACUUACGACCUGAUAUGACCUGACCCUUGACCUUAACAUCACGCAACGAAGGGUAGUAAUUGGUUAGCUGUUUGUGAGAAAGGAAACGCCAGAUGUCUUUGAGCCGUGACAAAGACAAGAGACAUUGCAAAGAGAAACGAACGAUUGGUUAAAGAAAGACUCCAUGACAUAACUUACUUUCCUGAACAUUAAAACAAAGAACAAAUCACCGAACUUUCGCAUAGAAACGGAUGCGACACAGACUUGUAAAGAUAACAAUAGAAAGGAAGGAAGGAAGGAAACAAUGAUUUAAAAUGAGAAAAGGAAAACAAAAAUAACCAUGACAAACUCCCUAGCUACAUGAAGUGCAGAAAAAAGAACAAAACUUUAAUAAAAAACUGAUAUGACACAGACGAAGGAAAGGAACCAAAAUGCACUCAACACCUUCCCAGUUUCAAUCCGUUUCGCUCGCGGUGAAGAAGAACGAGAGAUGAACGUGUUACUAUUAAGGACGGAAGACGAGAUGUAAAGGAAAGGAAGAGGAAACAUUAGUACAAGAAGAACAGACGAAGGAAGACCAAGAAGAGAGAGAAAGGGAAGGCAAGAUGAGGCUGCCCGUGGUGAUUCUUGUGUUAUUUGCAGCUACCCUACCACUCACCACCACCACCACCACCACCACCACUACCUCCACCACCACCACAGCCCCACGGAGAAGACACCAAGAGGAGAUUAGAGGAACGCACAUAAACGGAGAGAAAGAGGAGAAGGAAGAAGAGUUUGAAAAAGAGGAAGAGGAAGGAAAUGAGAGAGAAGCAAAAACCCAGAUUAUCAGAAAGAAGAAGAGGGAAAAAGAAGAAGAGGAGGAGAGGGAGAGAAGAGGAAGAUUACACAUGACCAGAGAGAAGGAAGAGGAGUUCGAAAAAGAGGAAGAGGAAGAAAAGGAAGAGGAGAAGAAGAAGAGGGAAAAAGAAGAGGAAGAGAGGGAGAGAAGAGGAAGAUUACACAUGACCAGAGAGAAGGAAGAGGAGGAGUUAGAAAAAGAGGAAGAGGAAGAAAAGGAAGAGGAGAGGAAACCAAGAACUCAAGAAGCGAAUAGGAAGAAAGAGAAGAAGAUAGAAAAAGAGGAAGAGGAAGAAAAGGAGAGAAAAACAAUAACACAACUAAUGAGAAAGAAGAAGAAGAAGGAAAUAGAAGAAGAGGAAGAAAGAACAAAGGAAGAAGAGGAGGAGGAGGAGGAGGAGAAACAGGAAGAACAGGAAGUGAAGAUAGAGGAAGAGGAAGAGGAGGAGGAGGAGGAGGAGGAGAACAAAGAAGGAGGAAGAGAAAGACACACAAAGAGGAACAGAGAGAUAAAGAGAACACAAAGACAGGAAGAAGAAGAAGAAGAAGAACAAGAAGAGGAGGAAGAGGAGGAGGAGGAAGGGGAGGAGAUGCAGAAACAAAAAGAAAAACAAAGAACAAAAAGAACACAUAGAACGAGAGAAAGAGAGAAAGAGAAACAGGAAUUAGAAGAAGGGGAGGAGGAGGAGGAGGAGGAAGAGGAGGAGGAGAAGAAACCAAAAACACACACGAAAAGAGAACGAGAGAAGGAGAAACAGGAAGAAACAAAGGAAGAAGAGGAGAAGAAGAUAGAGAAAGCAGAAAAGGGAGAAAGAAGAAACAGAAUAACGAGAAGAAAACGCAUAAACAAAGAACGAGAGAGAGAGAGAACACAAGAAACAUUAACAGAAGAGGAGAAAGAGGAGAAGGAGAAAGUACAGGAACAAGAAAGAAGAGAAAAAAGAAUCAGAAGAAACGAUUUAAACGAAGGAGCAGAAACGAAAUCACAAAACUCAACCACAGAAGAAGAAAAGGAGGAGGAGGAGAAGGAGGAGAAGGAGAAAGUACAGGAACAGGAAAGAAGAGAAGGAAGGGAAAGAAGAAAAAGAAGAAACGAUUUAAACAAAGAAGCAGAAACGAAACCACAAAACUCAACCACAGAAGAAGAAAAGGAGGAGGAGGAAGAGAAGAAGGAGGAGAAAGAGAAAGUACAGGAACAGGAAAGAAGAGAAGGAAGGGAAAGAAGAAUAGGAAGAACCGAUUUAAACAAAGUAGCAGAAACGGAAAUUCAAGUACCACUCACAGAAGAAGAAGAAGAAGACAAGAAAACAGAAGAAAAACAAAGAAUAACCAGAAGAACGCACACGAAAAGAGAACGAGAGAAAGAAAACAUCGAAGCAUCAACACCAGACGACGAGGAGGAGGUGGCGGUGGUGACCCUGAAGGUCCCUCAGUACGUAGCGAAGGGGCGGGACGCUGUGUUGACGUGUCGCUGGCGUGUUCCCCGGCUGUACUCCGUCAAAUGGUACCUGGACGGGCGGGAGCUGUUUGGUUACCGGCCCGGGGAGGCGCCGCCCACAACUCUGCACCCUCUGCCCGGCGUGAGGGUUGAUCUCGAGCGGUCCACGGGGUCCCGCCUGGUGCUGGUCGGUGUGGGCGUGGGUGCUGCUGGCCGCUACAAGUGUGAGGUCAUCGGGGAGGCGCCAGGCUUCCUCACGGCCGACCGGAGCGCCGUGAUGAGUGUUGUGCACAUCCCCAAGGAGCCCCCCAGCAUCCAGGGCACCCAGCCGCAGUACAGGGCGGGGGAGUGCGUGCACCUCUCCUGCGUCUCCCCCGGCCUGCCCCUGCCACCCUCACCUGGUUCAUCAACGACAGACAGCCUGACACUCCCUUCUCCUGCGUCCCCGGAGUACGUGUCGGGGCUCAACACCACCACCAUCUGGGGCGACGGGCUGCUGGAGACACAAGCCGGCCUGGCCCUCACGCUGCAGCCCUCACACUUCGACUCCCGCGGCCAGCUGAGGUUCCGCUGCGCCGCCUCCAUCCCCGGCCUCUACCACAAGGUCCGCCAGCACACCAUUGGAGCCCCGCCGCCCCUGCCCGCCCCUUCGUCGCCCUCGUUGUAUGAUGUGAGGGCGCCGGUCAUGGAGUCCAGGGAUAGUGCCGCGGCGUCCUCGUCUUCUGCGGCUGCGUCUUCUGCUGCGUCUGUUCGUGGUGAGUGUGUGAGUGUCUGUGUGUAG